AAACGCACAAGUAAAGUAGAGCAUGAAAAGUAGCUGAGGCCUGGCGGUUUUUAAUAUUAUUUUCAGCUAUGCAUUUUAGCAGUAAUACUUACGGUUUUUAUAGAGAUAAGUUACGGAAUUAAAGGAGGUUGAAUGAGUGUGAAAGGUAAAUCUGUGCAGUUUUGGAGUACUUAGUUUGGAUAAGGCGCUUCCGGUUGAGGCCUGUUGACCCACAUUCGGGGAUGUAGUGGAGCCGUGAGCACAGCGUUCAGCUCUCCUUUGUUCCUCUUUCAGAUGUCGUCCCAGUGCUUGGAGAACGUCGUCCACAGACUGACUCAUGAAUCAUCACAAUGAGCUCCACAGACAGGGAUGAUGGCAGCAUUUUUGAUGAGUUGAUGGAAGAGGAUGAGCGGGAUAAGGCCAAACGUGUUUCCCGGAAUAAAUCGGAGAAGAGAAGGAGAGACCAGUUCAAUGUCCUCAUCAAAGAACUGGGCACCUUACUGCCUGCCAACACGCGCAGGAUGGACAAGUCCACUAUCUUACAGAAAAGCAUCGACUAUCUACGCAGGCACAAAGAAAUUGCUGCACAGUCCGAGUCGAGCGAGAUCAGCCAGGACUGGAAACCCCCGUUCCUCAGCAAUGAGGAGUUCAUACAGCUUAUGCUGGAGGCAUUGGAUGGCUUCUUCCUUGUUAUCCUGACUGAUGGAAACGUCCUCUAUGUCUCUGAAAGUGUCACGUCCUUACUCGGCCACCUACCAUCAGAUUUGGUGGAUCAGAACCUGCUAAACUUCCUUCCAGUUGGAGAGCACACUGACGUGUACAAAGCCCUCUCUUCACACCCAGAAGGCGAGAACCUCAGCCCGGAAUACCUCAAGACUAAGGGGCAGCUGGAGUUUUGCUGUCACAUGCUCCGAGGCUCUGUGGACCCCAAAGAACCACCUGUGUACGAAUACGUCAAAUUUAUCGGCAACUUCAAGUCACUCAGCAACAUGCCAUGUAUAUGCCGAAACGGUCUAGAAGGAGUAAUCCAGCAGUCAUUGCGCCCAGCCUUUGACGACCACGUGUGUUUUGUAGCAACAGUACGGCUAGCCAAGCCUCAGUUCAUCAAGGAGAUGUGUAUAGUGGAGGAGCCCAAUGAAGAGUUUACGUCUAGGCACAGUCUUGAGUGGAAAUUUCUUCUGUUAGAUCACAGAGCUCCUCCAAUUAUUGGCUAUCUUCCCUUUGAAGUCCUGGGGACGUCGGGCUAUGACUACUAUCACGUAGACGACCUGGAGUCACUGGCUAAAUGCCAUGAGCAUUUGAUGCAGUUUGGAAAGGGCAAGUCAUGUUACUAUCGAUUCCUGACAAAAGGCCAACAGUGGAUCUGGCUCCAGACUCACUACUACAUCACCUACCACCAGUGGAACUCACGGCCGGAGUUUAUUGUGUGCACACACACCGUAGUCAGAUAUGCUGAUGUACGGGCACAACACAGGAGAGAUAUGGGCAUUGCAGAGUCACUUCCUGAAAAAACAGUAAACAAGCAGUCUCAGGACUCUGGUUCUGAAUCCCAGUUAAACACCUCCAGCCUAAAGGAGGUGCUAGAGCAAUUCGAUCAUGGCCACACACCAUCCACCUCCUCACACAGCUCCCACAAGUCAUCGUGCACAGCCACGUCUGAUAGCACGUGCACCUCCACCCCCACUAAGCUGCAGAUGGACGUGAGCACUCCGCCUCAGCCUAGCACCGUCGACAUGACUCUACAGUGCCGCUCCUCUGUCAGCAGCCAGAAUAUUCACACAAGUUCUCCUGUUCAAGUUAACCAGCAGCAGCAACAACCUCAACAUAAUACACGGCAAUACUCUGCACAGUUGAACGCCAUGCAGCAUCUGAAGGAACAGUUGGAACAGAGGACGCAGAUGAUCGAAGCCAAUAUUAAAAAGCAGCAGGAAGAACUGAGGCAAAUUCACGCGCAGCUUCAGAAGGUGCAGGGCCAGGGCCUUCAGACAUACUUGCAGCAGUCAUCAGGUGGAGUCAAUGUGCAGCUUCCUCAGGCAAGUGGAGGAGCUUCAUGCUCACAAGCUGAAGUUGGCGUACAGAAUGUCCCAAGCAUCGCCCACAGCACAACUCAACAGCCGCAAGCGCCGUCUUCACAUCAGCAGAACUCGCAAGGUGCCAUCGUGACACAGCAGGGUUCAGUGUACAGCACAAAGAUGGUCAGUCAGCCAGGCACCAACAGUGUCGUGCAGGUCCCCAGCACCCUGCCACAAAGCAUCAGUCAAGUAACAACAAUCAACAGGUUACCAGGGCAGCAGUUGGUCACGAAGUUGGUCACUGCCCCCAUGGCCUGCGGCACUGUAAUGGUUCCCUCAACAAUGUUUAUGGGCCAAGUAGUGACUGCUUACAGCCAGUUUGCACAGCAGCAGGACCAAUCCCAGGCGAUGGUAGCGCCGUCUGAUUUGCAGCAACAGCAGCAGCCUCAGGGGUUGAUACAGCCUCAGCAACAGCAAACGUUAUUACAGGUUUACCGUCCAAACGAGAUCGCAUGGGAUUACCUUUCACAGGGAACCCGCAUUUUGCAGAGCAGCCAGUCCGCUCAGCUGAUUCUACAGGCUUUCCCCAUUCAGCAGCAGGGUGCGUUCACCACAACACAGCAGCAGCAGCAAAAAACACACCAGCCAUUAAAGCCUCAAGCUUCAAAGCAGCCAAAAACCUCAUCCUCGCACCAGACUGACAACUCGAGCACCCAGUCCCAGUAGGACGCGUUUUAGUUUGUAAGCAGUGUUAAUUUGGAGGAGGAAAAAAAAAACCAGUCUCCAUCAGAACUCAGUUCUACAGCAAUAGGAUUGAACUCGGUUCUGCCAGAUGGCCACCAGUGCAGUGAUACAGAACCCAGAGUAUUUCUCAGCAAUAACAGUGUGGACAUCUGUGCCAUUCGACUAACUUUCUCUUAAUUUCUUUUCUAAUUUAUUGGAAGAAUACAAUUUAAUCUUGGCUGAAAAGGAAACUCGAAGCCUUUCUCCUUAUUAACUGAACAGACGCGUGUCCGAAACCAUGUGAAUAUCCAACCGUAAAGGAACAAAGGGACGGUUUGUUUUAUAUUACGCAUGAAAAGUAUAAGCUGUUCGAACAAAUUCUUGUUUAUGCACCUGUACAUUUUUUUUUUAAAGUCAUGUUUAAAGUAAGGAAUAAAGCUAUUAUUGUUUUAA